AUGGCUGAAGAUUUGCAUUCACUCGUCAAUGAGCUCUCACAACUGGCUAGCAACUACGUGCCUACCACAGGCCAUGAUGAUGCAGCAUCUCUCGCACCGAAAGCGGCUCUUGUCAGUCUCUCCAAGAAGAUUAUGUAUUCUUUGAUGGACCCGGGGAUGAUGGUCCAGGCCCACUCCUUGGCAAUGGCUGAGCUGGUGUCUGUUCGCACGCUGUUAGACCUGAAGGUGUUUGAGAAGAUGCCGGCCGAAGAGGGAAAGACUAUCAGCGCAAAGGAGCUGAGUGAGAAGUCUGGCGUUCAGGAUACGCUGCUUGAAAGACUACUGCGUCCGCUGGUUGCUUCAGGAUUCAUCACCCAAUCCCCCGAAGACGGUAGCUAUGGAUCCACCAAAUUCUCCCAAGCCUACACUUCCUUCCCGGGCAUGUUCUUCACCUUGAUGUUCGACCACUUCCUCCAGCCCAUGACGGACCUGCCCAAAUACCUGGCCAAACGCGGGGCCGUCGAGCCGACAUCUCUACUAGUCAAUCCGUACUCGGACUACCACAACGCCAGCGACUCCGGGCUGACAACAUGGCAAAUCAUGUCCAAGGACCCGGAGAAACUCAAGACGUUCCAGCUGGGGCUGAAAAUGGGCGACAACCUGGUUCCUGUCUUGGGGUAUUACAAUUUCAAUGCCUUGAAGCUGACAGAGGAGGAAUUGCAGAAUAACCCGGACAGAGUGGCCCUGGUGGACAUCGGUGGCGGGGUGGGAAAUACCUUGAAGAAGAUCCUGGAUGAGUACAAGGAGUUGGAUCCCCGGACGGUGGUUUUGCAGGAUCAAAAGGACGUUAUCGCCAUGGCUGAGAAGGAGAAGAUUGUCCCCGAAGGCGUGAAAUUGAUGGAACAUGACUUCUGGACCGAACAGCCCGUCAAAGGGGCGAAAGCAUACCUCUUCCGCCGCGUCUUCCACGACUACUCGGACGAGAUGUGCGCCCUGGCCCUGCGCCAAAUCAUCCCCGCCAUGACUACCGCCGCGGGCGACUCCCGCGUGCUCAUCGCCGACAUGCUCCUCCCCGAAAUCAUGACCGGCGCGCAAGCACACACGGCGGCGCUGGACGUCGCCUGCAUGGUCAUGGGCGGCAAGGAGCGGACCGAGAAGGACUUUCACAGGCUGUUUGAGAGUGUGGGACUCGAGGUCGUCCGGGUGCAUAGAGCGCCGGGAGGGGGCGCGGGGAUUGUGGAGGGGAGAGUGAAGAAAACCUGA